GACUGAUUCGUCGAGGUACUGAUUGGUUCCGACUCACACACGAUACACCGUAGUCAGCCUCUUCGUUCCGAUACAAUCCCGCUCCUGAUCUUGUCUGCACUCCCAAAUGCUGCCUUCUGGCUCCUACUUCAAGAUCGGAGUCGAUGUCGGCGGAACAAACACAGAUGCCGCCCUCCUCUCAUUUUCUCCAGCCUCGAAUGAGUUCGAGGUAGUAUCGACUUACAAGGCCCCCACCGCGCUGUCCAUCACCUCGGGAAUCACCGCUGCAAUCUCUUUUCUUCUCUCCACCACUGCAAUUGAUCGUUCCUGCAUCCGGUCCAUCACAGUCGGCACCACCGCUUUCGUGAACGCGCUCGUAGAGCGAGACAUCGACGUGCUGGAACGAGUUGCUGUGCUUCGACUCUGCGGGCCCUACAUCAAGGACAUCCCGCCAUUUGCUGCCUGGCCCGGUGAACUGCGCGUAUGUUGCGACGGUGGAUAUACGGCCGUUGACGGUGGACUGGAGAUUCACAGCGGCGCGAUAGCGGAGUUGGAUGAAGAUACCAUCUCUGCUGAAGCCAGACGGAUGAGGGAAUCCGGGAUCAGACAUGUUGCCGUGGUAGGCGUGUUUUCGCCGUUGGAUAACGAAGGGGAACAGGAAUACCGGGUUAGGGACAUCUUCACGCAAGUGGCGCCGGAGAUGAUAGUAGUGUGUAGUCGGGACGUAGGGAACAUUGGAUUUAUCGAGCGUGAGAACGCAACGAUACUCAAUGCCUCACUCCAUUCGAUCGCGCUUCGUUUUGUCGGCGGGAUCUCAACGGCGAUGGAGGAGCUGAAACUACCUGCUACCGUUCAGCUCUUUCUGACGACAAACUCCGGCACACACUGCAGCGCCGAGGCAGCAAAGCAGUUACCCAUCAAAACAUUCACCUGCGGACCCACAAACUCCAUGGCUGGGGCAGCUUUCCUGACCAGUAAACGCCCUCGUAAGGCGGACGAGCAGGUGGUAGUUGUGGACAUCGGGGGUACCACCACCGACAUCGGUUUCCUGCAACCGAACGGAUUCCCGCGGCAAGCGCCGGCUUGCGUCGAGGUUGCUGGGGUUCGCACUACAUUUCCAAUGCCGGAUGUGGCGACGCUUCCUCUGGGCGGCGGAACUAUCGUCAAGGUCGACGAAGAUGGUAAAUGCGUUAAGGUGGGCCCGGAAAGUUUGGGGUAUAGGAUCGUCAAAGAAUCCAUACUCGCAGGUGGAACAACGAUGACGGUGACUGAUGUGGCCGUUGCCUCGGGUCUCGUCGCUUGUCCUUCGUACGGCGAAAAGGAACGCGUGCGGCUGAUUCCGGGAUGGGUCGUGGAUCUGGUCAAGGAGCAUAUCCGGACGGUUCUAGCUACGGGAAUUGACUCCAUGAAGGCCACUCAGACCCCAGCAACCGUAUUGUUGGCUGGGGGUGGCGCAAUUAUCGUGGACGAAGGGAUCAAGGGAGGACUGAGCGGCAUAUGUGAGGUCAUCGAAGUCCCAUUUGCCGGUGCUGCCAAUGCCGUUGGUGCAGCAGUUGCUCUGGUGGAAGGCCUUUUAGAUACUCUAAUCAUCAUGAAAGAAAGGGAAGAAGUAGUAGAAGACAGACUCAAAGCCGAUGCAAUACAGAAGGCGGUGGAAAAUGGUGCCGAAAAAUCCAAAACCCGAGUUGUGGCCGUCGAGAAAAUCCAGUUACAAUAUGUGGAGCAAAAGGUUGUGCGUUUCAUCGUUCGGGCAGUCGGUCCUCUUGAUGCCAAUGCUCCUCCCCCAUCGAUAGCUCAACCACCACUUAUGUCGUCGAAAGUCCCUACCGUAUCGCCCCAAAGGCUUCCAUCCAAGCACAAGUUUACCAGCCUACUUUCAUCCUCAUUCUCAAAUGGAUCUGACCAGAAUCCCGAAUACUACACUCCGGACAUCCAUAGGAAUAUAUGGUACCCAUCAGCCCUGGAUAUCCACUUUAUUUCGACUGGCUGCGGAAUAUUAGGCUGCGGCGGUGGUGGCUCAACUUACGUCUCCCUCCUCCGGACUCUAUCAUUAUUCUCCAGUCUUCCUCCCAGAAGCCUGCGGAUAAUCUCACCAGCUUCCGUCGAUGACUCUAGAUACUUUCUCUUUGGCUCGCACUACGGGGCUCCCAGCGUCUCGGCCGAGAGGAUUCAAGACGCAGCUGAGGUCUCAAGGGCCCAGCAAGCAGCCGUCCAGGCUGCCGGCAUAUCUUGGGGGAAUGUCUCUGGUUACAUAACCGACGAGAUCGGCGGUGGGAACGGGCUGAUGGGACUUACCGCCGCCUGCGUCAACCCUCAUCUCCCAGUGAUAGACUGUGAUGCCAUGGGCCGAGCAUUUCCGAGUAUCGAGCACGCGACGCCGUAUCUCGCGGGCUGCCAGGUGCAGCCUGUUGGUGUUUCAGUAGGCGAUAAAAACGUAUUUGCCAUCUCAGACGCCUCUACAACUGCGGACCUGGAAAAGGCGCUCAGGCAGCUGAGUAUCGACAAUGGAAUGGCCAUGUCCAUUUCUCCGCGGCCAUUGACCGGAAGGGAAGUUAAGGAUACUAUGGUGUUACAUUCGCUAUCUAAGGCGUGGUAUAUUGGCCGUGCCAUUGGGAACUACCAUGGUGGUAGCGUGCUUGAUGCUUUGUUCAAAUGUACCGCCAUGCGCCUAGUGUAUACCGGCAAAGUUGUCCGCGUAACAACCAGCAUCACCGACGGCUACAACAUCGGCACGAUCCUCCUAAGUCCUCUACCCUCUACCACCACAAUACAGCCCCUCGUCCCACCCGCCUACCACCUAAAAAUCCCAUUCCAAAAUGAAUUCCUCUACGCCUCCCUUUUCGAUCCCAAUUCUCCAUCUGACGACCAGAAAGAGAUAAUAGUGGCAGUACCAGACCUGCUCACGCUCUUGGACGUCACGGACGGCAGCGCGAUUGCGAGCACAGAGUUGAAGUAUGGGCUUCGCGUACACGUGGUUGCCAUGCCGGCGGACAAGAGGUGGAAGACUCCCGAGGGGUUGAAGAAAGGUGGGUUGGGGUGGUUCGGGGUUCGGGGUAAGGCAACGUUCGAGUGGCCUAGUGAUGAGGAUGGGAUGGGUGGGAAGGUAAAGAGUAUUUUUGAGGAAUUUGGGAGAUAAGGGCGUGCGCUCGCUAGUUACGCGUGGUGUCGUUUAGGUUCGAUGGCUGGGGUUUUUCUGGUUUCGUGUCAUUGAAUUCGAUCUUUUCUAGUCAAGGCUGCUAUCGUGCACCUUAUCCCGUCCCCUCCACAUCGUACUUGACUUCUGCAUUAUGUUCUGAGGAUUUGCUAGUAGUGUACUCGAUAGAUAUCACUCGCUCCUUCUACCAUCUGCCAAGGACGUAAAUAAGAAAAUACGUACCCUAUAGAGG